AUGGCGGCUUCGCCGCGUCCAGGCGACGCGGGCUCCCUCGUGCGGGCGUCCGUCGUCGCUCACUCGCCCGCGCCGGUGGUCGGCCAGGAGGUGGGACGGAGGGGUGGCGGCGGAUCCGGUCGACCAGGCUCUCAAGACGGAGGGGAUGUGGCGGAUCCGGCCGGCCAGGAGGUGGAGACGGGGUGGGGGGCGGCGGAUCCGGCGAAGAUCGGCGGCGACAACGGUGGGAGGUCGGGGAAUCGAGAGGAGGAGGGUGGCUGGGGCGGCUCGGAAUCGGGAUCGGGAUCAGUUAAAAAGCCAGGAGCUCAAUGGAACCCAGCUUUCGGAAAGGGUUUGGUGGAGAUACUUCAGGAGCACAACACUCCAUACCAUAGAGGACAAAAUGGUUGGUCAACUGAAGCGUGGAAUAGGAUGGCAGAUUUGUUUCAUGAAAGAUAUGGCCACACAAAUUUUACAAAGCAAUCUAAGUUUGAUAAAUCAUUUCUUUUAUAUAUACAGUCGUGGCCAGAAAUAGCUAAGUUCCAGAAUGAGCCCUUUCCCCUCUACAAUAAGCUUGGUGAUCUCUAUGAUGGACACAUAGCAGAAGGUAACUUCAAUUUCACAUCAAUUGAGGUUACACAAGUCAGUGAUGGUGAUCCCGAAGUUGAAAGAGAGCAACCUGCCUUCUCUUUUAACCUGAAUCAAUACGAUGAUGAUGUGCACAUGUACAAUAAUCCAAGAGAUGCUGCUCAAAGUGAUGAGCCAAGAUAUGCUACACAAAGUGAUGGUCGAAGAGAUGCUAUUCAAAGUGAUGAGCCAAGAGAUGCUACACAAACAGGUGCUCCCGGUGGUUCAAAUAAGAAGCCAGUGAAGGAGUCCAAGAAGAAGACGCGUGAUGAUCCAAUGGUGGAGGUGAUGGCACAAUAUGUGGAGAUCAAACGGAAGCAAGCGGAGGAGGAGUCUGUUUUGUUGGUAGGGUCAAAAAAUGCACAAGAGUUCUCUCUGAAUUCUGCCGCUGAAGAUGAAGAUAGUGUUGUUGCGUUUCUUCGAAGCAAAAUGGCAGAGUUGCAUCAACAUAUCUAA